AUGGUAAACUGGGGUACUUUAAUUUUGGCCGCUAUGGUUGCCGGCUCCGUAGCCAAAGACUGUGCCUUUUUCUACGACUCCACUGUCUCGGAUCCCUUCAUGGCUUCUAUUCCUGCUUCUAACGCACAGUGGUACUGCAAAAACGACAUUGGCGGUACAAUGGAAGACAAGAGUUGUUGGUAUCCCUAUCACAGAGAAGUUGGUGCGGCAUUUGUUGAGGAGCUAGGAGUUCGACUAAGAACUACGACAUCCCUGAUAAGAUUGGCAACUACGCAACGAGAUGCGGGUAUUAUGCUCCCGGCAAGUGCACAGCGAACUAGAAGCCAAAGUCGGCGCAUCAAUGGCCUCGAAAACACAUGA